AUGCGCCCACCGCCUCAUCCCUCGUCGUCCUCAUCACAUUACUCUUCCUUCUCGGAAGCAUCACAGCCUGGCACAUCGACAGAGCUGCCAAGCCUACGUGCCGGGUUGCCCCCUGAAGCGUAUAGCCCAACAGGGAGAGUGCACGGAGAGCAACGUUCCGAUCAGCAUUUUCAACGUUUCAGCAGCCAGUCAACAUCGACACGCAGUACUCAUCCACCUUCACCGUCACAGUCCGACGCCACAGCAUACGCUCACAACCGGCAUUCGGCCAGCAUGUCUAGCAACGAGGGCACUCAGCAGUUGAGCGAGCUUCGUACUGGUCCAUCGGCUCCUCCACCGAUGCUGACUGGCCUUCCUCAUCAUUCCACAGAGAGUCGAACCUACCGGCUGAUCAUCCGCCAACAGCCACAGCAAGGUCGUCUCUGCGGUUUGGGAAGUAAGGACAAGCGUCCACUUGAUCCUUUGCCCAUCUUGCAAUUGCGCAUUCUCAAACAAGAUGGCACCGAAGACGAAGACGCGGAAAACAGCCCCAACCUCCUAACCCACGUCUCACUCCGCAAAGAAAACCCAACCACUUCCACCCAUUCCGAAUCCGUCCUAAUCGAAUCCAACGACUCUGCUUUCCCCUGGACGCGCAUGCUCGAAGGCCGUCUUGUCGCAUCCGCCAACGUUGCACGCGAUCUCGACGGCUCUAGGGCAUGUUUCUUUGUUUUCACCGACCUCAGCAUUCGUCAGGAAGGCCAGUUUAGGUUGGCGUUUAAACUCAUGGGUCUCACCCCUACAAGUGCGGGAUCAGGAGGACAGGUGGUGGCAGAGGCACUAACGGAGCCCUUCCAGAUUUAUAGCCCGAGAAGAUUCCCCGGUAUGACAGAAUCAACCGAGCUAGCAAAGUGUUUGGCGAGACAGGGUCUACAGGUGCCGGUGAGGAACGAUAUCAGGAGGAAGGGUGGCGAACAGCUUGAUUUUCUCACGAAUACGGAUGGUUGUGAUGCUGCUGAUGGAGGUGAGGGCGAUGAUGGAUGA